AUGUGCCUGUUCCCCAGGGUGGGGCUGUGUCUCAUUCCCCCAGUACUGUGUGUUCUUUGGGAAGGGGAGGGGCCGGGGGAGGCGGUGCUCGUUUGCCCCCCCCUGGUGGCUGAAUCUGGAUUUGCAGUUGAGAAAGGCUGUUCUGGGGUUCCCAAACCCUUCGACUGGCUCCCGCUAGAGUCUGGACCUCAGGGCCUGUUCCUCUUCCAGAAAAACCAGUCCAGGCCCCUGCAGGCUCUUGGGGCAGAGGGGGCAGACAAAAUCAGCCACCCCAGGGCCUGGUCAGCACACACCUCGGGGACAAACCUUCAUAGACUGCCAGAUCCCAGCCCCUUCAUGAUGUCGUUUCUGAUGCCCACCCUGCUUCUACUGGUGCUGCUGGAUCUCGGGGCUGCAGAUUUCAACAUCUCCAGUCUCUCUGGCCUAUUGUCCCCAGCCCUGGCAGAGAGCCUUCUAGUUGCCUUACCCCCUUGCCACCUCACAGGGGGCAAAGCCUCUCUGAGUGUCAGAAGAGUCAAUGAAACCAAAGGAAUAACACAUAACUUCACAGUAACCCCCUGCCGAGGGCGAAGGGACCUGGUGAGUGUGGUAUACAGCAGUGGCAGCUUCACCGUCACCCGACUCAAUGCCUACCAACUCACCAACCUGGUACCUGGCACCAGCUACUUUGUCUCCUACUCCGUGGAGAAAGGAAAUGCUGUAGAACACAGUAACAGAGUCCGGAUGGCUACAUUGCCUCGCAGAAAAGUGGAGACCUUGGGGCUGGGCAUGGCACGCACCGGGGGCAUGAUAGUCAUUACUGUCCUGCUCUCCGUGGCCAUGUUCCUGCUGGUGGUUGGCUUCAUUGUUGCUCUGGCCCUCGGCGCUCGAAAAUGA